AUGUGUGAUGACUCUGUCAACUGGGUCGGCUGGUAUCGUCUUUACAUUAAUGGUCAGAAUGUUCGAAUGCCAGAAACAUGUGUGCCAACAUACAGAUGUGGUACUGAUGUUCCACUGUGGCUCAGUGAUGGACACCCAAAACCUGAGGAUGGCGUGGUCACCAGAGAUGUUUGUGGUCAUAUGCUCAAUUACUGCUGUUAUUAUCAGUCAUUUCCCAUUCGAGUCAAAGCCUGUCCAGACAAUUAUUAUGUCUAUGAGUUUGUCCAACCAACUUUAUGUGGUGCAUACUGUGCAGAUGUUAAGAGCAUAAACGCCAUCAAUGUCACAUCAGGGAUCCUCUCUACUGACCCCUGCUACAACUACACUGUGCUGAAUGAUUCAAGAAGAUCCACCAGCUAUUCUUCUUCAACCCUCAUGUGUGACGACUCUGUCAACUGGGUCGGCUGGUAUCGUCUUUACAUUAACGGUCAAAGCGCUCGAAUGCCAGAAACAUGUGUGCCAACAUACAGAUGUGGUACUGAUGUUCCACUGUGGCUCAGUGAUGGACACCCAAAACCUGAGGAUGGAGUGGUCACCAGACAUGUUUGUGGUCAUAUGCUCAAUUACUGCUGUUAUUAUCAGUCAUUUCCCAUUCUAGUCAAAGCCUGUCCAGACCAUUAUUAUGUCUAUGAGUUUGUCAAACCACCUUACAACUGUUCUGCAUACUGUGCAGAUCAUGUCUCUGUUGACCCCUGCUACAACUACACUGUCCUGGAUGAUUCAAGAAGAUCCAGCAACUAUUCUUCUUCAACCCUCAUGUGUGACAGAGAUGUCAACUGGGUCGGCUGGUAUCGUCUUUAUCUUAACGUGAUGGACACCCAAAACCUGAGGAUGGAGUGGUCACCAGAGAUGUUUGUGGUCACUGGGACAAUUACUGCUGUUAUUAUCAGUCAUUUCCCAUUCGAGUCAAAGCCUGUCCAGACAAUUAUUAUGUCUAUGAGUUUGUCCAACCAACUUUAUGUGGUGCAUACUGUGCAGGAAACCUCAUGUAUACAGAAUCUCCUUGACCAGAUAGAGAAUAUUACAGUUCUCCCUUUAGCUGAUGUAACAGAUCUUUUGGACCUGGUUUUUAAUACAUCAGAGAAGAUUUCCAUCUCAUCAUCAGGUGACCCCAAGAAACUAGCGUCAGAAGGAAACCUUGUGAUAAAAGCCAGCGAGAAGCUCGUCUCCAUGUUGGUGAAGCCGACAAACACCAGUGACAAUGUCAGUUUCACCCGUGAUUCUGUAGAGGCACAAGUCUUCAUGGUUGGACCACAAGUCACCUUAAAUAAAAUCCCUCAGCUCGACACAACACAUGCUUCUGUGGACAUUGAUCUCAUUGGGAUUGCCAAGAAUAACAAUGAAACAGCUGCUGUGGCGUUCAUGAGCUUUAACACAAUGGAGAAUCUACUGAAGGCAGAAUUCUUCAACACAUCAGAUGACACAUCAGUUAAAACCAUGAUGUCCACUGUCAUCUCAGCUACUCUUCCAAAAACCACCAACAGACAGCUCACAAAACCAGUCAACUUCACCCUCAAACACAUCCGAGAGCUUGUGUCUGGAGGGAGUGUGUGGUGUGUGUACUGGAACAUGACUGAGUGGACUGUAGAUGGUUGUUGUGUUUUAGACACAAACAGCAGCUACACUGUGUGUUCAUGUGUUCAUCUGUCAACAUUCGCUCUCAUCAUGCAAACCAGCAGCACACCAGCAGAGGAUGAUCAUCUGAUGGAAGUGUUGAAUUUGGUGGCUGUGUCGGUGGGUCUGGUGUUUAAUAGUUUGGCUCUGUUGACUUUUGCUUUCUGUCGAUGGAAACCUGGAGUGAACAAUGUGGCUCGAAUCAACCUCUGCAUCAGUCUGCUGUCGGCUCAUCUUCUGUUCUUCCUCACACAACACUUCCUCACACACAUCAGACCUCUUCAGGUGUUGUGUGGUGUGCUGUCAGGAUUUCUUCACUUUCUCUUUCUCUCCUGCUUUGUGUGGAUGUUCAUUGAAGCUGUGCUGCUCUACAUCUGCGUGAAGAACCUAUCACAGAUCAGCUCCAGACAGAGGGCGGUGCUUAGCAGCAGAUUCUUGAUUGUGAUUGGAUAUGUGAUUGCUCUGGUUAUAGUGGGCGUGUCUGUCGGAUUGGUUCCUGACGGCUAUGGCAGUGACAGAUGCUGGAUUAAAGGGGAGAAAGGCUUCAUCUGGAGUUUUCUAGGACCUGUUUGUUUGAUUCUUGCGAUAAACUCGAUUCUCUUCAUCAGUAUCAUCAUCAGUCUGAACUCAACUCUCACAAAGCUGAACGCUGAAGUUUCACGGAUGAAACAAACCAAGAUUAUGGUUUUUAAAACACUGGCUCAGUUUGUGGUUCUUGGUUGUCCCUGGAUUCUGGGUUUCUUCACUAAAGACAGUAAGAUGAUGGAGAUUCUCUUCCUGAUCCUGAACUCACAGCAAGGAACCUUCAUCUUCCUGAUCUACUGUCUCCUCAAUAAUAAGGUCAGACAGCAGUAUGUGAAGUGGAUGAGCGCUCUCGUCCCCGGACUCAAAUCCAAACCCAUCAAAGACGCCCCCAAAAAACGCUGAGGACCAGACUGAUAGUCAAUCACUUACUGAAGUUAUUCUUUAUUAGAAACGUGAC